CAUUUAGGACAAUUGACUUGACUCUCGUUUUAGCUUUUCUAGUAGACUAGUACAGUCUCCCACUGUCUACUUCUUAGUCUUCCCUCUGGUCUACUGGUCUAUUUCUCUUACUAAAAAUAGUUUUUUGGUUUGUUUCUUCCAAAUUUUGGGUUGUAAGUUGAGUCGUGGCAGUACGGAGAGGAACGGCUGAUGGCUAAAUUUGGUAAGCCGUCGUAUGAGAGUAGUAAUUCGAAUACUGAGGAUAUAUUCGCCGAGUUUUUCGGCGAAUCGAGCGGGAGGAGGAGCGGCCUUGAUAGGAAUCCGCGAGAUGCUGAGGGUAUAUACGCGGAGUUUUUUGGCGAAUCGAGCGGGCAGAGGAGCGGCCCUGAUAGGAAUCCGCGUGAUGCUGAGGAUAUAUUCGCCGAGUGUUUCGGCGGAUCGAUCUGGAAUGCGAGCGGCCCUGAUAGGAAUACGGAGAUUUGGAAGAUUCCGAGAAGUGCAAAAGCGGCGGCGAUUGAGAGUAAAUUGGUGUGCAGUUUGGAGGAGCUUUACAAGGGCGCUAUUAAAAAAAUGAGGAUUUCUCGUGUGGUUCUGGAUAAAUUCGGUAAGCAGAAAACCGUGGAGGAAAUCUUAACAAUAGAAAUUAAACCCGGCUGGAAGAAGGGUACAAAAAUCACGUUUCCUGAGAAAGGUAACCAAGAACCUGGUGUCACUCCAGCUGAUAUCAUUUUUGUGGUGGAUGAGAAACCCCAUGCUAUUUUCAAGAGGGAUGGGAAUGAUCUGGUGGUCAAUAAGAAAAUAUCACUUCUAGAGGCCCUUACAGGGCAGACUUUUACUAUGCGAACCCUGGAUGGAAGGAAUCUCAUCAUCCCAGUGACAGAUAUAAUCAAACCGGGGGAUGAGGUGGUGAUCCCAAAGGAAGGAAUGCCCAUCUCAAAAGAUGCUGGCAAGAAGGGAAACUUUAUUAUUAAGUUUGAUGUCAUGUUUCCGUCAAGACUCACAGCUGAACAGAAAUCAUAUUUGAAGAGGGGGUUGGGUGGAGCUGAUAUCUAGUUGGAAACUCAAGCCUGAGGUAACAACUAUCCAGUAGUCCUGAUUGACAUUGGGUCAAUUAGAUGUAAAUAUGUUAAGUCUCCCUGGGCUGGAGCAGAAGAAUGUUAAAGAGGUUUGGAAACAGUAUAUUGUUGAUAGUACAUGGUGGUAGGAAAAGUAUCAUCUUUAAUUCUCUUCCACUACUUAUUUUGGCCCAAGAUAAUGUUUGCCGUGUAAUAGCAAUCUGUAUACAGGUAAUGUAGUGGUAUUUCUUGUUUAAUAUGUAAGGUGAACAACCUUUUGUAUGAUGCUCGUAUUUGCAAGGAUGAACCCUAAUCUAUUGAAUGGUUAAACAUUUGCCCUUUAAAA